AUGGGUUUACCGGGGCCAAAAGGUCCAAGUCAAGGCGAAAUUCGCUUGCCGCCUCACGCGUGCCCGUCUAUCAUGUCAGGUCCUGUCACACCUGGCAUAGGCAGAGAGUCGUACGACCAAGACUACUUCGAGAGGAACGUCCGGCAGUCACCCAGCGUGACUCCAGGUGCCGAUUCCACGCUCCCGGGUUUUCCAGCUACUUGUCGUAAUGACCCAAGGCCGGGCUCCUACUUUGAUGGAGUUAAACAAGUGAAACAGAGCCCGGCAUUGGGUGGGAACAUAAUAUCUGUCACAUUCACAGUCCCGCACAUCUUGGAAUAUCGCGAAGGUGCGGACUGGGAACUGCGGCGCUGCUAUAACCGCUCGGCUUUGUUGGACGCUCUUCACUAUCUCUCCGACAAUGGUCCUUGCAACCACACCGUGGUGGCGUGGACAGGCGAGAUUCGCCACGCGUCCGACAGCGAUGACGAUGCCGUGCCUGACGAAGAUCCGCCUAUAGCUCCUUCAUCCACAUCCAUUUCUCUGGGAGGGAAUGCGCGGAUGCAAAUAGGCCCACCGAAAAACGUCUUUGUGACUCGCGCCGACCAGCUUCGGCUGGAGCGACAGCUACACGAAGACGACAUCUCUAUCCUUCCCGUCUGGCUUGCAGACGAAAAGGACAUGACCUCGGGAGGCAUAAAACUGUAUGACCAGUCGAGAUGGCGACGGUAUGCGGAGCACGAUCUAUGUGCCUUGCUUCAUUAUCGACAGCACCCACCUAGUGAGCCGUACUCGGAAGGGGUGAGGUGGGCGGAUUAUUACCGAAUGAACCAACUGUUUGCGCAAAAGGUCAUCGAAAAUUACCGACCAGGGGAUAUCAUCAUAGUUCAUGACUAUUAUUUGAUGCUUCUACCUCUACUUCUGCGCGAACGGUAUCCCGAUAUAAGCAUUGCCUUCUAUCUCCACACGCCCUUUGCUUCCAGCGAACUGAUCCGGUGUCUUGGAAGACGGCAAAGCAUUCUUGAAGGUAUUCUUGGUUCCAAUCUUGUUGUAUUUCAGUCCUUCCACUACGCCCAGCACUUUGCAAACAGUUGCGCCAGAAUCCUCGGCUUGGAGGCUACGAGCAGAACUGUGCGGACGGCAACGAGGCGUGUGCGGGUUGAGGUGAUACCAAUGGGAAUCAACAUCUCCACGGUUCGCUCCCUUGCGUGGAAGGCCACAGCCACGGAGAAGUGCUCACUGCUAAAACAGCAGCAUGGCGGCAAGAAGAUCAUCGUCGCGUACGACCCCAAAGACAGAUUGGGGGGCGUGGACAAGAAGUUGCUCGCCUUUGAUCGGUUUCUCAACAAAUACCCCGAAUAUCAGAAUCGCGUAGUCCUCAUCCAAGUCAUGAGCCCGACGACAAUGGAGGCAGACGAUACAGAAGAAUCAGACUACGCUACUGGCGUCAGCGAGCUUGUCUCUGAAGUCAACCGCAAGUACGGUUCGCUGGAUUACAUGCCCAUCCAGCUACAAUCCCAGAGUCUCACCAUCGACGAAUACUUUGCCCUGCUGCGGUCGGGACAUGUCGCACUGUUCACAAGCGUUCGCGACGGAAUGAGCACGACCAGCUUGGAGUACGUCGUGUGUCAGCAGAAUAGCCAUGGUCCAAUCAUCAUAUCCGAGUUUAGCGGAACGGCCAGCAGCCUCAAGGAAGCUAUUCAAAUCAACCCUUGGGACACGGACGGCGUCGCAGAUGAGAUUUACAGGGCGUUGAAUAUGUCUGAGGAAGAACGGCAAGACAUGCACGCGGCGAUGCAUAAGCAUGUUACGGAGCGCGAUGUUCGAUACUGGGCGACGACCAUGGUGCGCCGUUUAAAAAGGGCUGUUGUUGCCCCCGACUCAAAGUCUGUUGCGGCUAAAGGUCUUCCUAUUAUUGGCUAG